GUUUGCAUAAGCGCACACCUACAUACUAUAUAUACGCCGCGAAUAUACAUACAUUGAAUACAGAAAGAGUUUAUCGCCGAAAUAUUCGCGUACAAAAUCUUCAUAAGCCUGGUCAUAAUUGAACUCGGCGCUUGAUGGUGCAUUUAAUUGAUCUUGCGCAGUGUAUGUAUUAUCGGUUGAUGUUGCUGGCGAUGUAUUGGAACGCUUGUGUAUUUCCCUCGGUGUUGAAUAAAUAGUAUUUUCCGGUGUUGCAGCAUUUUCGUCUGACCGGCGUUGUGCUAUUGCGUUAUAUUUAAACGGUAUUGUGUAAGUGGAGUGUUCUAAAAGACGUAAAAGUUCGCCAGGUGCAAAUGAUUCCCAUAUAUUUUGUUGUGUAUGUGGCUGCAAUGCUUGACCGGCACAUAAAGGUAGCGCUAACGUGGAAAACCGUAGAAUCAUCAACAAAGAUCAAUUUCCACCGGAAAGGAUCACACAAUGUGUGGGCAUGGUUGACUAUGGCGCGAGUUCGACAAGUUUCGUGUUGCCACAAGUCAAACUGUAAUGCCCGAAGUUCCAGAAAUUUAGUUAGAUCUUAAAGAGAGAUAAUCGUCCACAAUGCCAAAGAAACACAAGCGACGUGAUAAAAGUGAUUUGGGUCCCGAUUUUGUGGCGCCCGAUGGCGGCUGGGGUUGGGUCGUCUGCAUAGCUGCCGGUCUAAGUAAUCUGGCCAUGUAUCCACCACUACAACAAUACGGCAUGAUUUAUCGACAACGCAUGUUUAACUUGGGAUUCUCUGCCAAAGAGACCACCACCAUCGCGAAUAUCAUGUUGAGUUUAGCAUCCUUAGUUGGCAUUGUAAAUGGUGCCAUGUUUCGACGAUUUACAUUCCGGCAGGUUGCCAUUGUCGGCAGCAUUUUGAUAUUUAGUGGUAUUUUAUUAUCAGCUGCUUGUACCACAUUUUGGCAGUAUGUGCUUUGCGUAUCGGUCAUAUAUGGCAUCGGUCAGGGUCUCAACGUGGCCGCUUUAUCGUUGGCCGUGAAUACGUACUUCAAAAAUCGGCGACGUCGUGCAUUCGGCUUUAUGUGGACCAUUACCGGCUUAGGACCCAUUAUAUUUCCACACUUCACCUCACUAAUACUAAUCUACUAUGGAAGUCCGGGUACCAUUCUAAUUUAUGCUGGAAUUUCUCUAAAUGUGUUUCUCUGUGCUUUGACACUGCAACCAGUAUUAUGGCAUACUUCCAAAGCGCCGCUCGAACGUGAGUUGAAGCUACAAGAGCCUGUCUUAGCCGAUAGUUUAAAUACUGCGAUACCUUCAGCCACAAUGCAGCUUCAAGUCGAGUCGGAAUGCAAGAAAUCUACAACACAGCUGGAAAUAGAGCCUGAAUGCAAGUAUUGUCAAUACAUGAAACGUACUAGCCCCAGUGUGGCCGCAACACAAUUCGAUUUUGACGACCAUGACUUGGCUAAAUCGAGCCGUGAGCUUCGUGAACCCGAGAAGCCAUUGUUAUCACGUGCAAACGAUGAGCGCGAAACAGUGAACUUGCCAUAUACUAAGCUUGAGAAACAGUCAACUCAAAAAGCACCAAUUGCUGAGGCGGAAGAGGAUAAUGAUGAAGACAUUAAAGACCAGGAAGCGGAAGAAAAUAGCAGUGCUGAAGUAAAUCAUGCCCUAAAAGAGAAUUUUCCAACAGAAUUCCGCUGCACCUGCGCUGAAGAAAGAGAGAGAGCAUUAUUAGGAGACCACAACAGCGGUGAACUGAAAAGUCCACCAAUAAUAUUAGCAGCAAACCAAGAGAAGAUCGAGCUUUUAAACCCGAAAUUAGACAUUCACACGGAACACAAAUUGACUUUCAAACAGAAGCUGGUGAAAUUCUUUGACUUGGAUCUUUUGAAAGAUUUCACUUUUGUCAAUUUAGUUAUGGGCAUGACAGUGAUGAUGUUUGCCGAGAUAAACUUCUCUAUUUUGAUACCCUUCAUUUUGGAUCAAUACGGUUAUAGUAAUGAACAAAUCUCCACCGCUAUGUCCAUGCAGGGUGGCAUGGAUAUCUGCGUGCGCUUCCUAGCACCAAUUGUGCUGGAAAGGGCUAAGAACUUAAGUAAUCAAGUAUUAUUUGCGUUUGGCAUUAUUGCCAUCUCUCUCGGACGUCUAUUGAUUACGUUAACCGACUCCUACCGUAUUACAUUGGCCCUCUUUGUGCUUAUCGGCUUCGGUAGAGGCUUCCGUACUAUAUUUUCAUCUCUUAUUAUACCCUCAUAUGUGCCUUUGAAGCGUUUGCCAGCGGCAUCUGGUCUACAGCUGGUCUGUAAUACUUUAUUUACACUUGCGGUUGGGCCAAUUUUAGGUGUCAUCACCGAUGCCAGCAGUUACACAAUGACAAUUCAUUUCCUUAAUUUACUAACCUCGCUUGCGUUGCUCUUCUGGCUAUUGGAGUAUCUGGUGCGUCGCAUGUUAGGGAAAAAGGCGAAAACUCAAACAGAAAGCUAGGACUUUAAUAUUAAGAAGAAAAUUAUUUUGGCUGUAAAUAAAUAUAAAUAGUUUCUAAAAUUA